AGUUGUAGCUAUUUUUAUUCGUCAGGCGCCAGGCCACGACGUUAUAUUGCUUAAUUGUGAUUUGUCGAAAAACCAAAAAGGUGUGUAGGCUAUGCACUUUCGAGGCGAACUUAUAGGUACGUAUGUACGUUGCAAGUAAAAAUUUCAAAAGCCGGACUCUCAGUGGCAAAAAAUUGUGUAACCUCAACUUCGUGAGAGGGACAGAGUAACUUUUGGUUGAUAAGAGUGACGACAGGGGGACAGUCCGUGGCCUUGGUCGAUUCUUGGUGACUGAUUGCUCCGAAAAAGCUAUUGCCCUGAGUUUACUUACAUCCCGAGGAAUAUUAUUGAGAUAAUUGCAGGAGUUUAAGGAGAAGAUUGCUUCAUUGUUUUUGAGGACUGAAAAUGGGUGAACGAUACAAUAUUCACAGUCAGCUGGAGCAUCUCCAGUCUAAAUACAUUGGUACAGGCCACGCAGACACAACAAAAUUCGAGUGGUUGGUGAAUCAGCACAGGGAUUCCUGCAGCUCCUACAUGGGCCACUACGAUCUCCUGAAUUUCUUUGCGAUUGCAGAGAAUGAGACUAAAGCCAGGGUGAGGUUCAACCUGAUGGAGAAGAUGCUGCAGCCCUGCGGACCGCCUCCAGAGAAGCCCGAGGACUAAUUCACCAAAAAUCCAUUUUUUUACAAUAAUUAAGUCAAUGAUAUAAUACCUGAUUCAA